GCAGCCCACAGCCCUCCUCCUCCCCCGGGCAGAACCAUCCAGAACCAGCAGAGCUCACACGCCUCUACUGGAACUUUCUACGGCCCCACGGUGCAAUUUUACCCACGGAAGGAGCCCUGUCACCGAACUUAUCGUCACUCGUACCCGGUGCAACCCUGGAGAACACAGCAGGCUCCGGGCUGCAGCUGAAGUCGGGCGGGUUUAUGGAAGACACCGGGAAGUUUGGAGGCUAACGGGCUAAGCUAAGUCUAAGCUAACAGCUAAGCUAAAGCUACAGCCGCGGGUCUUUCAAGUGAGAGUCCGGAGAGGUGACAGGAAGGCGGGUUACACUUUGGUCUGGAAGUGUGCUUUGUGCUUACAUGCUAAUCUAAGCGCAUUUCAGUCAUAUCAGGUCCGAGCAAUCUGGUAAAAUACAUUUUAGACAUCUCUCUUUGGGGCUGGGGAGUUACCGGGCUUUUCCAGAGCUACAGCGAGGAUUCUCUAGCUGAACACCGGCGGAGGGUGCACCUGACUGGGGCUGACUUCAGAGGAAUGUCCGUUAGCCGCUGGAGUUGAGCUAAAGCUACUCCCGCCCGUGUGACCCUCAGUCCCGUGUCCUCCCCCCUGAGACCCGCUCUACCGGGAGCAUGUUCGGCUGUAUUGUGGCGGGCCGGCUCGUUCAGACCGACCCGGUUCCGGUGGCCUCGGAUAAGUUCGUGUUUAAUUUACCGGACUUUGAGCAGGUGAACCACGUGGUGGUGUUCAUGCUGGGCACGGUGCCAUUCCCCGCGGGCAUGGGCGGUGCCGUGUACUUCUCCUUCCCGGACCCUGCGAGCGGCGGAGCGGUGUGGCAGCUGCUCGGCUUCAUCACCAACGACAAACCCAGCGCCAUCUUCAAGAUCUCUGGCCUCAAGCCCGGGGAGGGCGGGACGCACCCCUUCGGCUCCAUGGCCCCAGCCGCCUCCGCUACCGUGGCCCAGGUGGGCGUGUCGGUGGAGCCCUUGGACCAGCUUGCUCAGCAGAGUCCUGUUUCCUCCGCAGCUGUUUCUUCUGUGGACUCCUUCCUUCAGUUUACACAAAAGAUGCUGGACAGUUUGUACAAUUUUGCAGCCUCAUUCGCGGUCACACAGGCCCAGAUGACCCCUAACCCCUCGGAGAGUUUUGUGCCUUCCAGCUGCCUCCUGCGCUGGUACGAGAACUUCCAGAGACGCCUGGCACAAAACCCAAACUUUUGGAAGAACUGAACCUGAACUGGGACCAAAGACCAGAACGUGCCUGCACUGGGGAAUGCUGUAACAGUGAUUUGAAUUGAUAAUUUGCAGUGAUCAUGCUGGGGGUGUUCUGAAUGUAUGUGUAUUGAGGAAUGUUCAGCAGUUACCAUGGUGACACAAUGCACAUGUUACUUAACACAAGACAAGAAAAAAUACAAAAUGGAUUUUAACAGCACAUUUUCAGGAGCCUGUGAUCAAUAUAAGCAUUCAUGGUUCUGUGUAACAACACAUCAGCUCACCUGCUGUAGUUCAGUUAAGUCACUUCUUUAUGGAUUGCAGCAAAAGCUCAGAUUUAAACUUUAACUUUAAAUCAGUGCCUAUUAAUGCUAAAAAUAGUCAAAUUUUCCUCCUUCGACUUCUGUCUGCUCUGCUCCACCAUCUUUUCCUGACUCCUGAUUGGCUGAAGACCUCUACAUUAAAGAGGGGGUAUUAUACACUUUUUUUUUAAAUUUCAAAACAUUUUUUUAAGCUUUCUCCCUUGUUCUAAGGCUGUUCCCUCAUCAAAACAUGCCUGAAGAGGUUUUAGAUGUCAUCCAUACAUGUUUGAGUAAUCAAGCGAUCUCUCCCGGGCCCUAUUCAAACCCUCCUUAUGCUUAGCAGUACGAGUCUGUACAAGGCUCCACUCACAAGGCUAUGUCACCCAUGCUCCCUGUGGGGAUACAGGCCCAAUGUGGUCAAAGUAGGAGGCAGACGUGCAUAAAUAAGUGGUCUUUUACAAGACAUAUUUAUUUAAAAGACGACUGUGGUUGGAUGCUAAAUAAUUUAAGAAAAUAACAAACUGUUCACACGAAACAUAAAAUGAGCAACUUAAAUUAAAUCUGCAAAACAACCAAAUGCCACAACUGCACUGAAGUCCUCCCGAAAGACUGACUUGUGCUGCUUAAAUACUCUCCCAAACAGGAAGCACCUCCCACAGGUAAAUACCAUUUAAUCACAGGUGCCUUAGGUUUAACUUUAGCAGAAUCUCAUAACCAACUGCAUACUUUUGAGGGCCUAAGUCCCUUUAACCAAAAGAGUUUAAAAUAAAACUAAACACUUAAACAUAGCUUAAACCAGUCUUAAACCAGUCCUCCCGUCCACAUGGUCUGGUUAAGACCUCGCCCAAGGCUUUAAAAAUGACUGACAAUGGCCUCUUUGUCUGGACCAUGUGGAGAUUCAGGUAAGAAUGGAUGCAUGAGUUUAACUGAACUGAAUAAAUUUAAUCAAAAAAAUCUCUUUAAAGUAACAGGUGUAAGUUUAUAUAAAUAUAAUGAAGGUGAGAUUAAUGGGACAAAGACCCACUUUGUCACACGACAAUUCUCCAUAAAUAAACAAAACUUGAUACAAAUCUGUACACAGCAACUUGACAAACCUGAUGUGAUGUGCAGUAGUUUCAUUAGUGCGAUGCAGCUGAUUGUAUAGUGACUGCUGUGAAGGGGGAGUGAUGUAGCACAGAGAGCAAAGGGAGAGGAGACUCAGAGCAUCAAAAAUGAAAGUGAAACUUAUAAAAUAUGUUAAUAUGUUGUUUUGGGCAAAUAUAGUAUUUUCAAAACAAUAAAAGGAAACAUGGCGAUCUGAAUAUGUUGUGCUACAGUUAAUUCCCCUUAGAAGUAAAUUACCCCCUCUUUAAUACCCCAUGAAAAAAAAAC